GUAAACGCUCUUCUUCGUAGUUGGAACUUUAGAUGAAAAAAUUUUUGUAGUUAUAAUGGUUGGUUUACUGAACGACUCCGACAGCGAGGACGAGCUGCCACCAGGAUGGGAGGAACGAGCCAGCAACGACGGGAAUGUUUACUACGUGAAUCAUUUUACAAAGAGCACGCAGUGGACGCACCCUCGCACGGGACGCAAAAAGAUAGUCAAGGGAGAACUGCCUUCAGGAUGGGAGAGGGUCGUUACUAACGAAGGAGAAGUGCUUUUUGUCGACCACGUCAAUCACACAACGACUUACGCCGAUCCGAGAUUGGCUUUUGCUACCGAGUACAGGGAAUCUUCUCAGCCUGUGAGGCAGCGUUUUGAUGGUAGCAGCACAGCAUUGGCCGUACUUUAUGGAAUUGAUUUGAGAAACAAGGUUGCCCUGAUUACUGGUGCCAAUACAGGAAUUGGUUUCGAGACGGCUAGAUCAUUGGCUCUACAUGGCUGCACAGUAAUAUUGGCUUGUCGAGAUUUGGAAAAGGCACAGAUUGCUGUUGAUAGGAUCAAAAAAGAAAAGGAUGAUGUAGAUUGCGAUGUUUUACGCUUGGAUUUAUGCUCGCUGCAGAGCGUUCAAACUGCUGCAAAUGAAUUCAAACAAAAAUACAGAACUCUUAAUAUUUUGAUACUGAAUGCCGGAGUGUUUGCAUUACCCUACACGUUGACAGAGGAUGGCUAUGAAACGACUUUUCAAGUUAAUCAUUUAUCCCAGUUUUAUCUUACAUUACUUUUAGAAAAUCCAUUGAAAAGUUGUGGCAAUGCCAGGGUAGUCAUUUUGUCUAGCGAAUCACACAGAUUUUCAUUCAUUCGAUCAGCGGAGGAUAUUUACCCUUUGACACUAUCUCCUCCUGCCUAUAAAUAUUGGUCUAUGGGUGCAUAUAACAACUCGAAAUUCUACAACGUACUAUUUGCUCAAGAAUUGGCAAAACGUUGGCCAUCUGUGGGUGUUUUUAGCUGCCACCCUGGAAACAUGGUUUCCUCCAAUAUAUCGCGUCACUAUUGGCUAUACCGAUUUUUAUUUGCAUUAGUCAGACCCUUCACAAAAUCUCUGCAACAAGCAGCCAGUACAAGUGUAUUUUGUGCAACUGCGGAAGAAUUGAAAGGUAUUUCAGGCACUUACUUCAACAACUGCUAUCGUUGUGAUGUAUCAAGCACUGCCUUUGAUCCACAGUUAUCUUUGCGACUAUGGGACGUUAGUCAAGAAAUGAUAAUAAAUAUCAUGAACAAAGAUAAGUUAUAAAAAGAGGUGUCAUUGACGUAAUGUCCUUUAAAUAGAAAUUGUACAUAAUGUAAUUAAAAGACUGACAGUUUUAUA